ACUUGAGUCCAUCCACACGAACUGACAAGCGUAUAGAUAACAAGGAGAGCAUCAAAUUAAUCCCGAUAGAUUGCUAGCAAAGAUGAUGUGUAUUCACUCAUUUUAACCUGCGUUAUUCGAGUGACGGAGGGAGAUAUUUUAUUGUCACAGACGGAUUCAUAUAGUGCCCUGUAAUACACCGGAACAAUAGUGUUUAUAUCUUAAUAAUCUACGCUUGCUGACCAGCUCUCAAUAACAAGACAAAGAACAGACACAGGUUUGAAGGACUAUUUUCUUAUUUCCAUAUUGGUCGAGUCUUCCGCUGAAAUAGUCCUGUCAUAUGGAGGCGUCAGGCAAUAUGGCUUGUGAGAGUAAGGCAAAGAGUUGUGCUGCUUGUGGACGAACCAUCUUGGAAAGGUUUCUUCUGCAUGCUGUUGAUAAAUAUUGGCACAUGGAAUGUCUUCAAUGUUCAUGUUGUAAUGUAAGGCUCGGUGAGGUCGGAACUUCGUGUUUUUCAAAAGGAGGGAUGAUUCUGUGCAGAAAUGAUUAUUUAAGAUUAUAUGGUUCAAGCGGUGCUUGUGCAGGUUGUUCAGAACCGAUACCCGCGGGAGAGAUGGUGAUGAAGAUCAGAGACAAAGCAUAUCACAUACGAUGUUUCACGUGCUGUGCGUGUCAUCAGAGAUUGGUCACAGGAGACCGUAUACACUUUGUAAACGAUAGAAUAUUUUGUGAAAGCGACUAUCCCCUGGCUUUACGAAGCAUGGCCAGCACUCCAACACAACAACAGCAACCGAUAUUUUGCUAGGUCUUGUCAGACUAUC